AUGAGUGCAAUUGUUGACAUUACUAAUACUGAAACACAGACCAACGUAACCGAAACUGUUUCCAAGAAAAUGAAGAUUGCAGAAGAAAGCACUGAUCGCUUGACCGUCAGAUUUGUUAAGCUUAACGAGAAUGCGCAGAUGCCGACUUAUGGAUCUACUUCUGCCGCUGGUGCCGACAUUUACAGCGCUGAGGAUUGUGUUGUUCCAGCGAAAGGAAAACUGUGUGUCUCCACGGGCCUCCAGCUUGAAUUACCCUUCGGAUACUACGGAAGAGUUGCUCCACGCUCUGGUCUCGCUGCGAAAAACUUCAUUGAUGUUGGAGCUGGAGUCGUCGACAGCGAUUACCGCGGAGAGCUUAAAGUUCUUCUUUUCAACUUCAACGACACACCAUUCGAGGUGAAGAAAGGUGACCGCAUUGCUCAGCUUAUUUGUGAGAAGAUCGCCCAUUGCAAUUACGUCGAAGUCAGUGAUCUUGAAAACACUGAAAGGGGCGCUGGAGGUUUCGGAUCGACUGGAAAAUAA